CGAUGUUGGUGGCAUUACUUUAUUGUGCCCACCAGUCCAUGGUCACAUUCGCCCCCCUCCGUCUCGAAUCAGAUUUUUAUUGUGGCAUUUUUUCAUGCCCUGUUUCUGGUCGUGGUCGACGACAGCGGUUGCUACACUUGGUGGCAGGAACUGAAUCUUUCCGAGUUGGUUGAUGCGCUCGGGGGUUAUAGCUCUGGCUUCGGCGCAGGGCUGUUGGGUUGCGAGCGUCGCAGCUGGUGGCGUUCUCGGCGGGUGUGAUCAGGUUUUUGCAUUCGAGAUUCAACUUGUAAGAACGUGUGCAAAUUCUUAUGUGGGUCCUCAUUGGAAAUCAAUUGUUGGCUGUAAUCUGUAUUAGCUGGCCGUUACUGCCGGUGGUACGUGUGUGCUGGUGUUCGUGUAUGAUCUUCGUGAUUGGGUCGAAUUUUUAGCGAAUCGAGAUUAAAAUCUGGUCUCGUAUAGCAUUGCAGCAUGUUUCGCUGCCGGGAUUCGGUAAUUUUGGGGUGUUCGGUGUUUCUACGCUGUUUUGGGUCAUGCUGCGGGCGAUGUGUGUUGUUUUUGAUGACUAGGCUUUUUGAUGCUACAAUGCCAGUCUUUGGAGCUUGGAUUCUAGCGUCUAUUCUUGUAAAUGACGAAUUCGACGACUUUGUGAUAGCUCGGAGGAUUGAAACGUAAUACGCGGGAUCUUCAUAGUUUUUAAGGAACUCAACAUUGAUUAUCUGGUUGUUGGUUUCGUUUUGUAUGGGAUGCUUUGCGCAUCUUGUUUUGUACCUUAGAUAGUUCAGCUUGAAGAUUCGAGCUGGUUUGCUUCAUCGGAUUUGGUGAUUUUGCGGUGACAGUCUCCAGAAUUGAUCCUGUGACCAAUCAAUGCACAUUCCCGAAAUUGUGGUGAAAUUUUGUGGUGAAAUUGUUGGGUUGCUUGUUCCCCGCACUGUUCUUGCCAAAGAUUUCCGUCUCUUGAGGUUCCCUUCACGUCGAUGUUCUUUGUUGUCCAAGUACUUUUCCUUGAUGUCUUCAUGGGCUUUUCUACUCUUCUUCAAUCUUAUCUAAUGACAUUGAGAAUUUCACAUGCUGAAGACGAAGGAGAAAAACUAGUCUUCAAGUGUAUUCCGUUACAGCUUUUAAAACUCUUAAUUUAGUUUAUUUGAACUCGAUUUACCAGUUUUGCAUCCCUUUCUUAUUGUAGUAGUAGUAGUAAUAGCGCGGCUUAAGCUUCCACGCUUCCUAUUCAUGUGCUUGCUCCAAAACCCCUCUACUUUGAUCUUUAGCUUCUGACCUUAUUCUGGGCUCUAUUGCAGUAGGUGUUCUUCUGCAUUACAUGUUGAUGGUGCCAUUGUACGUCAAUAAUUAAAAGUAGAUAUCUAAGAGAAGCAGCCAGUGAUCCGGAACGGCGUGGGAGAGGCAGUAUUAGCAGCCAUGAGUCUUACGAAGGCCCAAGCUCUCUAUGCCCACAGUAGCUGCCAGCCCCCUCUGGAACGAAACCUUUUUCAAGAACACAACAGGAGCGCUCAGUCUGCCGUUCUUUCAUCGUUUCAAGUUGGCAAUUUGAAUGGAGCAUUACGCAAACGUCGCAUCACAAGUGGUAUUCUGAUAAGGUGUAGCGGGACACAGGUCAAAAGCUCUUCGCAUCAUGGCAAAGCUACGAAGAAAAAUAGUAAAAAAAAGUUGGGAAGUACAUUGAAGAAUACCAAAACGGAUGACUCCAAUGGCCACAUGAGUAUUAACUCCCUUGCCACGGGAAACUCGUCCUUAGCUCCAGCUGACUUAUGUACUAUGGAAGAGGAGCUUGAUGAGGUUGAUGAAGAUGAUGAACUACAAGUUUACCGAGGCCUUGUGCUCGACCUUUCAUAUAGACCAAUCAAUGUAGUAAGCUGGAAACGAGCACUAUGCCUAGAAAUCAUGGAGAGGGCAGACGUAUUGGAAUAUUACGAUCAAGCCGUUGCAGCAGUCUCCAAAACCUAUUAUAUUCCAGCAGUUCUUAGGGUUAGCAGCUUUGUUCAUGCUCCAAAAGGCAAGAAGGUCAAGCUCUCCCUGAAUCGUAACAAUAUCUUUUUGAGAGACAAGUUCAAAUGCCAGUAUUGUAGUAAGAGAGAAGAAGAUAUGACUAUUGAUCACGUGUUGGCAGCCUCUCGUGGAGGCGGUUGGGAAUGGGAAAAUCUGGUCACUGCUUGCUCAUCUUGUAAUGUAAAAAAAGGAGACAAGACUCUUGAGGAGUGUCGCAUGAAACUUUUAAGACAACCUCGGGAGCCCAAGGAGCUUGAUAGUUUGGACCUGCCACCGAACUACAGGACAUUUAGAGUCCUCCACCAAAACGAUUCUACACCUGCAGAAUGGUUAGAUUAUUUACCACGUCAGAAACCACUUUUCUGAUCGACAAAUGCGUUGGUUGGUGGAUAGGGUUGUAGAUUGAUUCUUUUACAAGUGUCAACAUUCUGUAUUUAGUGUAUGUACGAGUAGAGAUGCAGCAGAAACUGACUGUUUUCAAGAUCAUAGCAAAGAGUGGUCAGCUCCGUGACUCUGAACAUUAUGUACAUUAAUCUGUAACGCUGUUAACCUGAGAUUUUUGGAAAUGUAAUUAAGGUCUGCUUAACUUGGCUACUCAUGCA